AUGUCGUCCAGAGUCACUCGCUCGUCUGCGAGGCGAUCAGCAGGCUCCGCCAGCGAAAACCCGCCGCCACCCUCCUCCUCAUCCCCAGCCCAACCGCCGCCUGCUACAUCGCGCAAAAGGAAGCCUGCUGCACAGGACCCCAGCCCAGAGCAGCCAGACAAAGCAGAGCCAACCUCCGCCCCUCGAGGUCGUGCUAAGCGCACCAAAGUCGAGCCCCAGGACUCACCCGCCCCGGCUGCGAGCCGUCCUAAGAGGGCCAAAGGCAAAGCGGCCAUGUCAUCGACUGGUCCACCCACUGACCCAACAGAGGAGAACUCGACCCCACAGCCCUCAUCCACAAAACGCGGCAAAGGUGGCCGGAAGACUGGAGGCGACAGCUCACGGCGGCAGCCGAAAGCACCCAAUACCGAAAACGAUCCAGACGCUCCUUCCACGUCGCGCAGAAGCUCACGAAAGUCGAACAAGGCGGACGAGGAUGCGAGUAUGGAAGAUCCGCCCCAGAGCAAGCCCGAGGAUGACACACGGCAAUCAGGCGAGGAUAACGCGAGUGAUGACGAGAAUGAAGAUGGCCAGGGUGGGCGCUAUGACGAAGAGGACGACGACGACGACGAUGACGACGACCCCUUCACCAGCGGCUUCCUUGGACGCCAUCCACACAGCCUCGCUGCCCUGCGGCAGCUCACUGGCAUGAUGGCGGGCACCACACAGCGCCUACGGGGCAUAUUGGAGCAACUACGGUCGCCAGAUAUGUCCAUGCAGCUGAUUGCAUUGCAAGAGCUUUCUGAAGUGCUCCUCAUCUCCACAGAGGAUAACCUGGCCGGCAACUUCGCGCCUGACGCAUACGUAAAGGAACUGGUCAAGCUCAUGCAGCCAAAUGAGUUCACUGGCGAGGAGAAUCCCGAUGUCAUGCUUCUCGCCUGCCGCUGCCUCGCAAACUUGAUGGAAGCCCUGCCCGCAUCCACCGCAAAUGUCGUGUACGGUGGCGCUGUGCCCGUCCUGUGCUCCAAAUUGCUCGAGAUUAAUUUCAUCGACCUGGCUGAGCAGUGUCUGAGCACGCUUGAGAAGAUCUCGGUCGAGUUCCCGUCUGCUAUCGUUAGGGAAGGUGGUCUGACUGCAUGCCUGACGUUCCUCGACUUCUUUGCUACGAGCACACAGCGAACAGCAGUCACCACCGCCGCCAAUUGCUGUCGGAACAUCCCAGAAGACUCGUUCCCAGUCGUUCGCGAUGUCAUGCCUAUCCUCGAGAACAUUCUGAACAACAACGAUCAAAAAGUCGUGGAACAGGGCUGUAUCUGCGUGUCAAGGAUUGUGCAAAGCUUUCGGCAUCAGGAGAGCAAGCUGGAAGAGCUGGUCAGCACUGGUCUUCUAAAGGCCAUCUUAAGGCUUCUCUUACCCGGCACUACGAACCUAAUCGGACCUAACAUCCACACCAUGUUCCUUCAAGUCCUCGCUUAUACCGCCAAAGCUAGUCCACGCCUGUCGGCUGAAUUGCUCAAGAUGAACGUGGUCGAUACUUUGUACCAAAUCCUUACCGGCGUCUCGCCUCCUAGUGGGACCGAGGACGUUGCGGCUAAGAUCGACUCUGUGAUUAUCAUGCAAGCCCUCAUUCACCGGCCGAAGGACCAGGUUUACGAGACGCUCAAUGUCAUUUGCGAGCUACUUCCCGACGUCCCGAAAGAUGGUUUGAUGUACCUUGACGAUCUCUUUGAUGCCGGGUACCCAGGAGAUGAUCUUCGACCGCUGUCCUCGAACACCAAGCUGAGCGCCAAUGAGAAGCGCGUAGAACUGCUAGAGGGUUGCAAAACCGAGGUCAAGCGCUUCGCAGUUAUCCUGCUUCCUACACUCACCGAUGCGUACUCGAGCACUGUAAAUCUGAGCGUCCGGCAGAAGGUGCUAACCGCACAUCUCAAGAUGCUAUCAAAUCUCGACGCGGACAUCUUGGAGGAAGCGUUGCGGCCCGUUCCUUAUGCCUCGCACCUGGCGUCGAUUUUCUCGCAGCAAGAUCACCCUUCUCUGGUCACGUACGCUCUGCAAGCUGCUGAACUGCUGCUCAAGCGGCUAGAAUCGAUCUACCGAUAUCAGUUCUAUCGCGAGGGCGUCAUUUCCGAAAUAUCGCAGCUAGCGAAUCGACCUUGCAAGCCGCUGGAAGUUCGGACAAAAGAGCCUAGAUCGACACUAGAAGUGGAAGUUGCGGCCGACUCUGGCGCCAGCACUACUUCAUCUGGAGAUCGAGAAGUCGAGCAAGAAACCGUCGCGAUCGCAGAUGUCGAGAUGCAUUCGGAAGACGAUGACGACGACGAGGACCAAGACGACGAUCAUAACGAGAACAGUGAUAACGGAGAUGAUGACGAUGAUUCUGAUUCGUCGUCGUCCUCUGACGAUCAGGCCCGUCCACCGCUUCCCAAUAUCGAAGAUAUCAUCACCCUCAGAGCAAAGAAGUUCAUUGACGUUCAUGAGAAGGACAGCGAUAAGCCCAUUCGAGACAAGGCCUCUGCAGUGUUGGAGGACCUCAAGUCGCUUGCGAAAGAAAUCAAAUCAUGCGUUCUCGAUGGCGGUGCCGGGAACUGCAUGGAGCUUUUCACGCGACUAGCGGCCUAUUUCGAAGGUGACGCAUUGGAAAGCAUCACAAGCUACGAACUAAAGUCAUCCAAGAUUGUUGGGGUUUUAUUGGACGUCUUCUCGGGAUCUGCUUCAGUCAAGGGCAUUGACCCAAGGUCAACGUUCUUGGAAGCCUUCAUGGGUGGCAAUGGCCAGACCAAAAUCAAGACCGCUAGCAGCGCGUCUCCCGCAACUCCUUUCAGCAUAUUGGUGCACAAAUUACAAGAUCUUCUCAGCAGAUCGGAGCAUUUUGACGUGAUCACCGUUCACCAAAAUUCCCACGAUGGCCGAGGCAGCGCCACAUCGAUGCUGGCCAAGCAGCUUAGGCUGAAGCUCGUUGCUGAUGACGAGUCCGGUAUUCCCAAAACUUAUCGGAAUAUCAUGGUGUCAAUUCAUGCCAUCGCUACAUUCAAGGCACUGGAUGACUACCUCCGUCCUCGAAUUAGCCUUGCAGAGCGCCCGCGACCAACAAAAUCCAGGGAUCAGUUUGCGGCGUACGCUCAGGCUCUUGCUGAGGGACGCGCUCCACCUCCCCCGCAUACGCCUGCAGAAUCGACAAAUCGAUCGUCCAAGAAGUCGCCAAAGUCCAAGUCGGCAUCGAAUGACCCAUCCCAGCCCGGUCCAAGCUCGGCUACACGAGAGAAAACCCGUCGCUCAAGUCGACGUCAACAGGCGCAACUGCCUCCACCACCUCCUCCACCCCCAGCUAUGCCGCAAUCCAACAGCAGCCAAGACCCCGUCGAAUGCGCUGAUGAAGAACGCUUAUCUGACGAAGAUUCCAUGGACGAGAACAGCGCCCUGGACGCCAUUGUAGAUGACCUCGAAGACGAGCUUGACGAUGAUGUGCCAGAUCCGUCUGCGGUGAGUGUGGAAGUUGCACCGACAGGGCAAGCCACGGCUCGCAAGGAAGAUGGCACAAGAGUUGCUACUCCAGUCCAGACUGCGCCAAUAGCUAAACCACCAUCUGAGAAUCGCACGCCAUCAUCACGCUUAGCAGCAUUGCUUCAGAGCUCUGCAAUGCGACAAGGUCUUGGCGGGGCUGCAAGUGCACUUUCGUACGCUGCAGCAGUCCAGUCGAUUCCACAAGAUUGGCAUAUAGAGUUCAGCGUGAACGAUCAGCCACUCUCAAAUGAGACGACCAUUUAUCGCGCUGUCCACUUCAACCAAGCGCAACCGUCGGACAUUUCACAUCGCACCGUCUGGAACGCUAUCCAUACCAUCAAGUUCAAACGUGUGCAAGGUCCCCCGCCAACUGAGCCCAGCUCCUUGACCCCACCUCCAGAAUCCAAGGCCGAUUCUUUGGGCAUGCCGGCAUCCCUGGAUCAGCAUCCUGUCACGUCUGGCAUUCUCCGGCUGCUCAGUAUACUACACAGCUUGAACUCGCACCUUGACGAUAUCUUGUUAGAUGACAAGGAGCAAGUCAAGGUCAAUGCAGAGCCACUUUCGCAGUUUGUCAAUACAAAGUUGACUGCGAAACUUAACCGUCAGCUGGAAGAGCCACUCAUCGUGGCUAGUAACUGCCUACCGAGUUGGAGCGAAGAUCUGGCCCGCUUCUAUCCUUUCCUAUUCCCGUUCGAGACGCGUCAUCUUUUCCUCCAAUCCACCUCAUUUGGUUACUCUCGAUCUAUGACACGAUGGCAGAAUUCACAGCCCACCAGCGACUCAAGGCACGAUCGUCACAGGGACGAACGUCCUUUCCUCGGCAGACUUCAACGUCAAAAGGUUCGCAUCUCGCGAUCGCGCAUUUUGGAGUCUGCCAUGAAGGUCAUGCAAUUGUAUGGACAUUCUGCCAGUGUCCUAGAAGUGGAGUAUUUUGAAGAGGUUGGCACCGGCCUGGGACCGACACUGGAGUUUUAUUCGACUGUCUCCAAAGAGUUUUCCAAGAAGAAGCUCAAGCUCUGGAGGGAGAACGACUCUAAUGAUAAAGACGAGUACGCUUUCGGGAAAGGUGGAUUGUAUCCAGCUCCUAUGAGUGUCGACGAAGCCAAGACCGAAAAUGGCGAGAAGAAGCUGGAGCUGUUCAAGGUUCUAGGCAAAUUUGUGGCCCGUUCGAUGCUGGACUCUCGCAUCAUUGACGUAUCAUUCAACCCUACAUUCUUUCGCAUUGGGGAUGGUAGCAGUACGGCGGUCACGCCAUCGCUCGGAGCCAUCCUGGCAGUCGACCAGGAUCUAGCCAAAUCGCUUGUGUUAUUGAAACACUUUGCGGACGCGAAGAAGCAAGUCGACACCAACGACAAACUAUCCGCGGCGCAGAAGGCGGAAGCUCUGAAGACCAUCAUCAUUCAAGAUUGUCGCGUAGAAGACUUGGCUUUAGAUUUCACUCUCCCGGGCUAUGCUUCGAUUGAGCUCGUCAUGAACGGGGCCGACACACCUGUGACGAUCGAUAACGUUGACACCUACGUUGACAAGGUCCUCGACUUUACGCUAGGGUCUGGGGUUCAGCGCCAGGCGGACGCGUUCCGCGCAGGCUUUACUGAGGUCUUCCCGUACUCGGCCUUGAAGGCUUUCACCCCUGACGAGCUCGUAAUGCUGUUCGGCCGGACUGACGAGGAUUGGUCGCUAGAGACUCUCAUGGACUCGAUCAAGGCAGACCACGGCUACAACUUCGACAGCAAGAGUGUGCGCAACCUCUUGCAGACGAUGAGCGAGUUCAACAUGCAACAGCGUAGGGACUUUUUACAGUUCAUUACUGGUAGUCCGAAGCUGCCUAUCGGUGGGUUCAAAGCUCUAACGCCCAUGUUCACCGUUGUGUGUAAGCCCAGCGAGCCACCGUACACAUCCGACGACUACCUUCCCUCCGUUAUGACCUGCGUCAACUACCUGAAAAUGCCAGACUAUAGCACGGUAGACGUGCUUCGCGAGAGGCUUAGUGUUGCUAUUCGCGAGGGCCAGGGCGCUUUCCAUCUCUCUUAG